UUCAACGAAUUUGGCCCAAAUUAUGUCGGUUAAAGCCACAUAUUAUAAUAAAAUAAUAAAGUUAUGAUUAACAAUGAAAAAACGAAGCAAAUUGUAAAACGUAAUGAAGAGUCAUGCUUAUGUUUAGCCACUAGUGGUGGAAUAUUCAUUCAUAAUUUUUUUAUGAAAUAUUUCAUAACCUAUGCAUUAUUGUUAUUGUCGCGUUAAUGUUUUGUGUUGCGUAAAUCCAAUGACCUAUAUAUCCUUGCUUGAAACAUGGAAAUAUACAGGUGUUUAAUAUUUUGAUGGCAUGGUCAUGUCUUCCUCAAAAUAUGAAAAUGAAGACUGGGAAAUACAUAACAAAAAUGUUUACGAAGAUAUAUUCAUGAAAGGGGAUGAUUUGCAAAAGUUAAGCGUAAUCAGUUCCCUGCCUGAGCUUUUUCAAUAUGACUGCCAUGCAACCAUCACAAAAAUUAUGCCAAAAAUUCAACAAGAACUACCCCAUUCAUCUUCUGAAUUUAACUUAGCUGUUAGCAGGAUGUUCAGUAUUCUUGUGGAAAUGGAUGUGCCUAUAAACAUAACCAAUCAAGUGAUGCAGGGAAUUGAAAACAAGGAUAUUAUAAUCUCUAAUGCAUGGAUGGAAACCCUGCUUUCCAUUAUUCCAUUUCUAAAAGAGGAUGUUAUUAAGAAAGAUGUCUUGAAUUGUGCAAUAUUUAAGUCACAACUGUCCAAGCCAGUGCACUUCAGGAUUUCUAGCUGUAAAAUACUGGGAAAGAUUGCUGUGCACAAAAGCGUGAGCCCUUUUGAUUUUUCUAGGGUAAAAAAGGAUAUUUUGCCGCUUGUGCAAAGCUUGUGUCAGGACUGCUUUCAUGAAGUUCGAGCAGCCAUGUGCAAAGAGUUACCUAAAGUUGCUAAAAGCCUACACAGUUUAGGGGACCAUGUCAUAAAAAUGAGUCUGCUACCUUUGCUGGUGGAGUUGUCUUCUGAUGAAAAUAUUUAUGUAAGAUCAGUGGCCAUAAAUUCAGUUGUUUUGAUUAUUCCCUAUUUAAACUCUGAAACGGUUACAGGUACUAUCAUUCCUUUAACUAAGAAAUUGUGUUCCAGAAGCGCCGUGGAAGACGAUACAACAUAUACAGCUGUGGCAAAAAUAUUCGAUAAAUUAAUUAUUAAUUUGCAACCAUAUUUAGUCUGCGCGGAAGCGAUGUGGUUUCUUGAAUAUUACCGACACAUUUCUCAAAAGGGUUUGACAAUGUUUAAUGAAAAUUUGGAAGAGGAUCCGUCCAUAAAUAUGAUUUGUCGGGAAUCCUGCGCAGCGUGCACGCCAGUUAUGGCAAUGUUGGUGUUAAAAGAGGUGCCGAAUGAAAUUAACGGAAAGUGGCAUCAGAUAUUCAAAGAUUUAGCCGCAGAUCCAUGUUAUUUAGUGCGCAAAGCUAUCGCUAACGCUUUCGCCGAAGUGACGAAAAUCUUGGGUCAGCACAACAAGCAGAUUAUGUUGGAAUUUGCGAAACUCUUACGCGAUGAGGAUGAAGAGGUACUCCAGUCUCUCGUGUCGCACAUGGGGAUCACAAUGGAGUUAUUUGCUUCGACCGGAGUCCUUAACAGGAACGUUCCCGUCCAAGCGACUUUGGAAAUAGGUCGAGCUUUAAUAAAAUGUCAAGGAGAAGUGUUUAAGACGAACAAUUGGAGGCUUAAGGAAACGCUUCUGAAACAAAUGGAAAGGUUACCGGUUUGCAUGCCAUCCGACUUUAUUCAUCAGCAUUUUACGCCCAUCGUUUUGAGUGCCAUUCUGGGCGAGAAAGCGAAACCGGUUCGAUCACAAGCUACCAGAACACUGCUCAUCAUAUUGAGGUACAGCAUGAAGGAGAAUCACCGGAAAUGGAUCCGAGAGAACAUAACAAACCAACUGUGCAACUCCAAUUGCUGCUACACUCGGCAAGUUUACGUUGUUUUGUGCACGCACGCCAUCGACAUAUUCAGCUCUAGAUAUUUCAAGGAGCACUUUUAUUUGCCACUGUUGUCCUUGGCAGAUGAUCACGUCUCGAAUGUGAGAUUAAGCUUUGUCAAGCUGUGUCUGGUCUUAAAGCAGAUGUUGGUUUUGCCGGUGGACCGUUCGUUGCAAAUAAAAUUUGAGAGCGCGAUCUCGAAACUGGAAUUAAUGGAAACGGAUAAAGAAGUUCUUGUCAUGCUAAAAAAAAGCCUAAAACAAAUGAGGUCGCUUCAAGUUACCGACAGCGAGAUCGUGCUUGAAGAGAAAAGGCGCAUCGAAGAAGAGGAAUAUAUUUCGAAAGGCAGCAUUUCUAUUAAAUCGCGCAUGUCAGCGGACCUUGACAUUCGUCGUUUAAAGGAGGCCGAGAAACUGUCUCAUACCGUCAAAGUGACGAGGUCCACCAUAUCUAGAACUUCCAAAGCUAGAGCGGUCAGCACUAGCAAUAUGAGUUUCCUAGACCAACAUUUUUACAUUGACGCGGGCGUGAAAUUACUUACGGAAACCAGCAAAAGCGAUUCGUUGGCACCCGCGGCAAACGAUAACAAAGAUUUGGUUUUUUCUAUUGAAAACUUGAACGUGGAAAAUUUGUCGCUGGAAGAUCUGAAAGAGUUGCAGACCUCGACAACAAAUAUUACCGACGAUAUUAAAGAGAACCUUAAGAAGAUAUCCGUCGAAGGGCAUAGAAGGGCUAAACGGUCUUCUUGUGUUUUUGGUGAAGAGAAGAGGGCCGAUGUCGUUCUGAGAAGGCGAAGUUUGAACAUACCAACGUACGAGAACAGCCGUAUACCUUGCUUGAAAAGCAACAAAAACAGCGUUCGGAGAGUAACCCCGCAGAAUAUAGAUAAUUCUUCGAAAUUGGUCGCAUUGCACGAUAUUUGUCCGCAACUGUUGAAGAGCGAUUGCGACAACAGCGCGCUUUCUUUAAGUACCUCCAAAUUAAAAUCUUCUAAUUUGCCAGUAUUAAAAACAAGGAAAUCGGAAGCAAGAAACUAAUAUAGUUACACACAGUUGAAGCUUACACGUACUAACAGGACUGAUAUUUAUAUAUGUUUAUAUAUUUAUUGUUUGUGAACUCAUUUAUUUUAAUAACAAAAAUUUGUAUU